UAGCGCUAGGCUAGCACGUUAGCUUUGGUUGUAUUUACCCAUAAUGCCCUGCGCUGUAGUCCACCUCCUGCUUAUGGAGCGGACUCUGGUCCGCUUGGUGUUCACAUUCAAACUGAACCAGAGUUCACUUCAACUGAACGCAGACUGAGGUUUGGAGGACCAGAGGUCAGAGGUCGAUUAGCGUCCACAUAAAAAAAAUUAAGUCAGAAUCUGAAAAGUGUGGCGUGCUAUUUUAUUCAGCACCAUCAGAACCGUGUUGUUGCCAUGACAGCUGCAGAACUUUUGAUCUACUGUUAAUCUCAUCUUUUCCCACAAAGUGCCUCAUAAGUCAAUAUAAAAAUCAUAAAGCAGAAGAAAAAAUAAACUGACUGUUAAAAAGUAAAACAGCUUCUUCCCACAGCAUGAUGCUGCCUCCGCCAUGUUUUAAAAGUUCAGUGAACUUCAGUCCUUAUGCAGCUUUGUUUUCCUUUGUUUCAACGUUUCUCGUUGUGAUUUGAUAAAACAGGUGAAUAAAAUGUUAAAUGAUCUGUUCCGGGUUUUAAAUGACUUUUCAUCCUGAAAAAAACCAAAACAUUUUGCUAAAGUUUAGGAAAAAAAUUAGAUCCAAAUGUAAAACAUAAAAAAUUGAUUUAGGAAUUAUUGGAUGUUGUGAAUAUUAUCUGUGAUUUUGAACCGUUUUCUGAACAUCAGGUUCGGGUUGGUUCCGGAAGUUCCUGCAGGUUUUCCGGAACAUUUGAGUUUCUGUAAAACGUCCAGAGGAGCCGAACCGACUGGAUCCUGAUGAGCAUCUCCAGGCUUUUACCAUAAUAUUUCACUACGAUGCUUUUCCUCCCGCGCUCUCUCUCUCUCCUGCUUCCUCCUCCUCCUCCUCUUCCUCUCUUUGCGCACCAGGCUCUCCCACCCUCGCUCCUCCAUUCGCUCACUGCGCUCUCAUCCUGGCCGUAGCUUGUGUCUCUGCCUACUCCGUGCGUAAGAGCGCACAGAUGGGAAUGUUAACGGAUGCUCUCCUGAAAAAGCGCUAUCGGAGCAGCUGAGAGCGGCAGUGGACGGACGUACAGCGGAGCAACUUCCCCAAACUCCACUUCAGCCCGCGGAGAUUUCAUUUCUGCUCUCCAUCCGCGCUCCUGUUUUCUCUCCUGUUUGGAUCAGGAUCUGCUGGUAAAAUGUCGGAAGGCGGCGCGGCGCUGCCGGACUUCUCCGCCCGCCAGCAUCGUGCGCCUUCCCGCGUCGCUCCAGGUUUGCUCGUUUCUGAGUGAAGUUGAAGGCGGGAAGCCAGCGCGAUGGGGGGCAGAUUCUUCCUGCUCGCCUUCCUGUUGCUCAAACUCACGGCUCUGGUGUGCAAGGCGGACGGGGAGCCGGGGCUGCUCGGCGGCUUCGUCAUGAUCGCCACGUCCAACGGGUCCCGGGAGGAGGACGGCGCGCCGGAGGAGGCGCCGCACACCGAGGAGCAGUGCCGGGGUUACUACGACGUGAUGGGCCAGUGGGACCCGCCGUUCGUCUGUAAGACCGGAGACUACCUGUACUGCUGCGGCACCUGUGGCUUCCGCUUCUGCUGCUCCCUGAAACACUCGCGGCUGGAUCAGAGCACCUGCAAGAACUACGACACGCCGGUGUGGAUGAAGACCGGCCAGACGCCCUACAAGAAGAUGAACAAGAUGCACGACAGCACCAAAGACAAGACCAACCUGAUCGUCUACAUCAUCUGCGGCGUGGUGGCCAUCAUGGCUCUGGUCGGCAUCUUCACCAAGCUGGGGCUGGAGAAGGCGCACCGGCCGCAGAGGGAGAACAUGUCCAGGGCCGUAGCCAACGUGCUGCAGGGCAGGGGCCCAGGUGAGCCGUUCCGGGGGGAGGAGGCCCUCGGGAUUCACUCUCAGCACUUCGUCUCCAGACCGCCAGCCCUCCAAGGCGGCCAGCUGAACACCAACGUGGCAGCGAGCUCCAGCGUUGGCCCACAGCACCCCUACCCGGCGCUCAGCCAGCUGGCUCAGGCCUACGAACAGCAGCAGCAGCAGCAGAACACCGACCUGAACAAGUACGCCUCCCUGAAGGCCGUAGCUGCCAAGUACAACGGAGAAAUCUACAACAAGCGGCGGCUGAUGGUGGAGCUCCCGACGAAAGGCGGCCUUCCUCUCCAACCGAUGGGAAACUCUCGGAGCGCCAUGGGCAACCUGUCGAUGACGCAGUCAAUGGCCGCCAACACCAUGUCGUCAAACCCCCUCACCUCUAACUCCUUGAACCCCUCCAUGACGCAGAUGGUUUCAAUGGCCCCAAUGGCUUCAAUGGCCCCAAUGGUUUCAAUGGCCCCAAUGGCUUCAAUGACAGCAAUGACAUCUGUGCCGCAGAUGACCUCACUCUCCCCAAUGCUCUCCAUAACCCCCAUGACCUCUUUAGGUCCACUAACUCCAGAGCCUGUGGCCACCUACGUGACGGAGAUGCCCAGCAUCUCGUCCGUCUCCACCCUGCCGUCGGAGCGGCACAUUGCGGGCGGCAGCGGCGGACUCAAGCCCAACGGCCAAAAGCCCAAAGGCGGCCACGCGGCCCACAGCUCCUACAGCUCCUACAGUUCCCACACGCACACCCACACCCACACCCACAGUAGCAAGGCGCCAGGACUCGGGGCUUCUUCCCUGGCGCACAUGGUGGGGACGAUGCCAGGCGGCAUGUCCAGGGCCGUGGAGACCGCCUUUGGCUCGAGCUCGGCCACCAUGGGCCGGCCGUUCGCCUACAGCUCCAACACCAUCGCUGGGCACGCGGUGGGCUUUGGCAUAAAGGGCUGGGAUGGGACGGAGACGGUGGGCAGGAGGAAGAGCUACGGGCACAAGAGGCCCCAGUGCACGGUGCUGGAGCCCAACCAGCUGCACGUCACCCGGGGCCAGAGCCACAGCCAGCACUUCCUGCCCACGCAGCCCUACUUUGUGACCAACAGCAAGACAGAGGUGACUGUGUGAGAGCGAGAGGAGACGCGAAUAAUCUCUGGUUGGAGACGCCGCCUCCUGGGGAGCUCCGGAGGAGGCGGAGCUUCGUAGUCUGAGUGAACGUUGCCUUGAAGUCAGAGCCAACCAAUCAGAUCACGCUUCAGACGUUGACAACAGACAGUACGUACCCGAGGCCAUGUUUGUACAUUUGUGCCGAUGUUCGAGUUGUCUCCUUCUCUGUGAUGAUGUCCAAAGUUAGAGAGUCAGAAACCAAACUUGAUAGCAAUAUCGCAGAUGAAGAGCAAUGUCAUGGUAACGGAGAAAAACCGAGUUAUUACCCAGAAGCCUUUAGGAGAGACUUCCUCAACGAAACACCAAACGGUCUGGAGGAAGAAACGUUCGCUCAUGAUUCACAACCGUUUCUCCUGAGAGCUUUGAAGCAGACGCACACAGAGGUGAUGAUGAUGAUGAUGAUGAUGAUGGGCUUCAGAUUUGAGGUAGACGCAGCAAAAACAGAAAAUUUCAAAUGGUUUUUAAAUCUGAUUGGAUCCCAAAGAUUCAAUCUGUGAUUAAAUCCUCUUAAUCCCUGAGAUCCUUCAGUUUUAAUAAUCUGGCAGCUAUUUUAACACAAUAACUAAACAACUAAACAGGAUGAAUGUUUUCAACCAUAAUGACCUAGUCAAAGUUUAUUUAUGGAGAAACGUUAAAAACAACCGAAGCUGACCAACCGUGGUUAAUGAAGACAGAAUAUCAAACAAAAACGGACGAAAAGUAUAAAAUACAGAAUCUGUGCAGAAUAAAAAAAUCGAGUUUAAAGUGAAGCUUCUCGCCUGAAACAUUUUAAACCAGGGACCAAACAUAAAUUUAAACCUUAAAUUGCUUCAAAGAUUCAUUUUCAGACGGCUGGACUCAUUUUGUGCAAUUUAAUGCAAAAACUAUAAAAUAUUUUUAAAGAAUUGUCCUAACCUUUCUAAACCUCUUAUUUUUCUAUCAGAUCAUUCUCUGAACUCCAGUUUUACCCACAGAAAGAGAGAAAAACCAUCUGGAAGAAUCUAUGUGGGUUAAAUGACUCAAAUAUAAAAAUAAACCCGUGAGUGUGACAAAUAGGCCAAAUCUUCGAAGGGCUUCUUCAGGCCUGUUUGCAUGUUUCCAGCUCCAGCUCUCCCAUCCGGAACGUUUCCGUCUCCGUGGCUAAAGCAGAAGAAAAGUUCAGGUGAGAAGGCAGAAGCACAAACAGCUGCUGGAGAGACAGCAGCGCCGUUCAGGUGGGAGGAAGCAAACAGAGGCGCUAAAAUCUCCUUUUAGACAUGGAGGAAGUCAGAGCAUGUGACAAUCUGCUGAGCAGAAAACCUGUUAAAGUCUAACGUUACUGCCAGCGCCGCGCCGCACCAAUCAGAGCUGCAGAGGAUCACCUGACACUGAGGCAGGAUGUUUCUGACUAACGCUGUGCAACACGCUGCUCCUUCCAGGGUCACAUGACCAACACCUGGGGCCCGACGGGACUAAACCACCUGGGGCCCGACCGAAGGCCCCCAGCAGGAUUAAAACAGGACGUCACUUUACAAAGAAUAUGUUUUCACAUGUUGCUCACCACGACGCAGAUAAUCUGUGAAAAGAUCGAUCUCCUACAUUUCAUCCCUGAGCUGCUACUGCCUUCUGAAGAAACGCACCAAAAACCAAUCAGAGCCAGGAGGAGGGGCUUAGCGCUGUCAAUCAUUCCCAUGUAUUUGCUGCUAAAUGUGCUAGUAGAGGAGAAACAACUCACUGUUACAGAAAAGCUGUUCAUCUUCUGUCAUCUGUGGCUAUGCUAACUAGCAUUAGCAUUCACAACAUUCAUGACGUGUAAAUGGCCAUGAUUGACAGCGCUAAGACCCGCUCACUGAAUCUGACUGGUUGUUUAUGGUUAGCACUGGGAGGCAGAGGAGAUGGAUUAUUCCACAGAUUGUCUCAGAUUAAACUCACAACGUUUCAACAAAUAUAAAAACAUUUUAUAAAAGUUACGUCACUUUAAAACGCGUCACGACUGCAGAACGAAAACCAGAUUCACACUGAGUGGAACCAGAGAGGGUCUGGUCUGCCCCCGGCAGCGGGGCUUUUAUUUUUGCCCCUGGCAGCAGGCAGGCGGAGAGUCGGCGCCGUUUCUGCUCCUGUGUCCAGGACAGACUGAAGCUCCAGACAUCGGCCCUUCGUAACUCGGCCCUUUCUCUCUUCUGAUCCGUUUCUAUUCAUCUUUUCUCCUUUUAUACAGAGAAAUCUGAGAAACUACCUGAGAAAUGUUGUGAGCUAAAAAAGUGUAAUUUUAUUUCACUUUUGUACAACUUCCUGUCCCUUUGAACACGAUGUGGCCUUUGCUUCGGCGGCGGUGACAGAAUCCAUCUUUAAUAUCCACUUACUGAGAAAAUCCAAACAAUCAAAACUAAAUGAAUCCAAUUCAGAUCAAACUGAGAGAAAUUCAGAUUUAACUCCAGACUGGCUGAGAUUCUCCAAACGUUCAUUCAGGUGAAGCUGCUGCAGGAAUCUGGUAUCAGAAAACUGAUCAGUUUUAAUCAAACUGCAGAGAAAAUGUAACUUUGGACUCAAACAAACAACAUGAGAAACGAGCUGCCGGUUAGACGACACAGAUCAUAUUUCACUUUCUGCUGCGUUUGUGUGAGAAUCCAUCUUAAUAUCACAGAACAUCCAGACUCAGUCAGAACUCCAUGAAUCUAAUUCAGACCAGACUCUCUGCAGCUCAUCUCACAGACCGUAGAUUCAGAUUUUCAAAAUAAAAGCAUUUGUUUCCUUCAGGCGAAGCUACUCUUUGCUCAGUUUGACUCCAUCCAUGCAAACAUCCAUUUGGCAUCAAAAAACUUUUAAUCAAACUGUUGUUCUAUUGUAAGUUUUGACUCAUGAUGCAGCCACCACCAUGCUUUACUAUUGAUGGAGGGCAUUUCAGUGCAGAAACAUGAAAAACAAGCUGCUGUUCCCAUGGCAACUGCUUGUUAUACAAAACAGAGACACCAGAGAUGUUAAAACACAAAGUAAGUUAUUUGUGUUUCUGUUCAUUCAGCUGCGUAAAUCCAUCUGCAGCUUCCAAACCCAAACUGAGCAAAAUUAAUCUAAGAAUCUCUGAUCCUCGGGUUUAUUUCCUGUUUUCCUGACGGAUCGCAGCUCAGUUUGCUCCAGACGGAGCGGAAAGGUCAGAGGUCGCUGGAUGUGCAUGAUCAGAACCAAUUGACUGAAGGCAGCCAGGAGGAAACCUGCAGACGUUUUGUUGCUGCGUCGUAACGCCAGAUUACGGAGAGCGGGAAGGAAACGGGGCCAUCGUCGCUCACAAUUAGGAACCGAAACAAACCGGGCAGAACGCCGGGAUCUGCUGCUCCGUCUGGGUCAGAACCGCCGCUGGGCCAGCCAUGUCUGACGGCGUUCAUCAUUCAGACAGGAAACGAUGCUCAGGUAGAAAAGACGCUGGCAUGAAGUCAACCACCGGGACAUUUCCCCAGAAGCUUUUUAUUAUUUUCCUUCCUUCAUUUGUUUAUUCUCCUGUUUCAUCCUGGCAGAUCAACCAAAAUACUGAUUAGCAUCAUGUAGCAUUUAAUCUGUCGUUUAUGGUUUCUAUUAAUAGCGUCACAGAAACAAGUUACACUGAAGCUAAUUUUAGCUGUUUGGGCUACAAAAUUACUCCGUAUUUAACCUUCUGAUACAUUAACGUCAGAGAUGAACUUAAUAUUCCCCUAAAAUGGAAAUUUGGUUUAAAUUUAAGCCAAAAAUUGUUCUAAACAGUGGGUCACAAACGUUCUGCUUAUGU